AUGCAAUCCAUCAACCCGGGGCUCAUCCCCGUCUCGCAGCCUUGCCAGACGUGCGGUACGGUCUCGGAGAAACGGUACUCGUGCAUCCAGUGCAACAACCUGUGGUUUUGCGACGGGUGCUGGCCGAAAUGGAUCCUCCACGCCCCAGGCGCCGUUGGAUGGGGAGGAAGACCGCAUGAGAGGGCCGACCCGUUCAUCGUUGCACGGCUGCGCCAGAUCUUCGAGCCGUUGCGGACCGAGGCAGAUCACCAACAGGAGCUUCUAGAUGACGAGGAUACCGCUUGGUUUGGCUUUGCUCGCGAUGCCACCGGCCACCCGAUCUUCCAAGAUUACGGGCGGUUCGCCGGAAUAAUGGGUGAAAGUCGAACCAGGGAAGGCAGCGAGCGAUAUCCUCAGUUGGUAACGUUUAUUGGUGAAACAGGGGCGGGCAAGAGUUCACUCAUCAAGUUGUUGAUCGAUCGACAAAACUAUAGCUCCGCCUAUGGCACAGCCUUCCGCACACCAGUCACAUCUUCUGGAUAUGAUCGACUGCCGACGACAGGAGAUGUGCAUCUCUACCCUGAGCCAUCGUCUUACUUCACCGACACGCCCCUGUUAUUAGCUGACUGUGAAGGUCUGAAUGGCGGCGAGAUGCUGCCCAAAGCACUUCGAUAUCAAGCUGUAGAGGAACAGGGGUCGAUGCAGGACAGUUUUGCCAUACCCCAACGGGUCCGGGAUGAAGUGAAGAAUCGCAAGAUGAGGAAGAGCUCGUCACGGCAUAUCGCAUGGGCCGAUACUCCACAAAAACAGAAACGAGAAUAUGCUGUCGCCGUAUUAUACCCGCGCAUCCUCUAUUCAUUUAGCGAUGUCGUAGUAUUUGUAUUGCGUAAUCCUCGGGCAUUCGAGUCAGUGGUACUGGAAAAACUUACAAGAUGGGGCGCGGACUCCAUCGACAAGUCGUUGAACCAACCUGUCUUACCUCAUGCCGUUAUAGUGUUCAAUGCGAGUGAAGGCGUUGACGAAAGGGAAUGGGACCCAGAAACAGCGACCGCUAUGCUCAUGGCCGAUAUUCGAGGCGCGAUAUUCCGAGAGCCUGCCCUGAAACCCUUCGUCCAGUCGUGGGUCGACCGCGGUAGAACGAUCAACACAACAGAAGAGCUAUUGCACUGCUAUUAUGCCUCUGUCACAGUUGUUCGUCUUCCGUCGCGAGGCUCGUAUAUGCUCAUGGACCAGCAGGCGGCAAAGACAUUUGAUAUCAUCAAGCAGCGGUGUAUCGCAUCGCAUUUGCAGAAGCGACAAGUGAGGAUGUUGGCAAAUGCCGAAAGGUUUCAGGUGUACCUCCAAGCUGCUUACGACCAUUUUACCAGGGAUCUGGGCACCCCGUUCGACUUCGUGAAAGAGGCUCUUAAAUACAGCCCAUCACCACGCGAUUUCGGAGGCAAUAUACUCAGUCUUGCUGUUUCUAUCAAAGAGCGUGCCGUGGAGGAGUCGGUCCGGAAUAACGCAGAAGAGAUCUUCCAGAAACUUGGACCGAUGAUUGCUACUUGUGUAAUGUUUGAUGCGGUUCGGCAAAGUCUCAUGGGUACCGCUGCCCAAUUACUAGACGACGCUUAUGCAGAGCCGUGCAUAGCAGCACUACACCGAUUUGCAGAUAUGCAUUGGCCUUGCUCCUUUCGAAGGGGAAGCUCUACGAGAGAAGAAGAUCGAUGUUGUAACGUCAAGAUUGGCCACAACCCGAAGGGUCACCAGAAUGCUCGAGGUGCACUGAUUGGUCAUGGUACUUAUCAGUCGAGCUUUGAUCCGACAACCUUCGGCGCUGAGUGGUCGCAAGUCAUCCGAUCGAAUUUGCUGAACCUCCAGAAUGCCGUGUUUGAGCUCGGCCAAAAGCUUCCCGGAAGGACGGAGCUUCAAGUCGCCGGACUCAUACACAGAGAGCGCAUCAAUGAGUUCUACAAAUCCCUCGGAACGGCCUCGGAUUUCGUUAGCCAUGUUGCUUGCUUCUCAUGUCUUCGGGAGCUUCCGGAGUGCCCUUUGCCAUGCGGUCACAUACUGUGUCUUCCCUGCGUACAGACGUAUGGGCGUAACACGUCACGAUCAACAAUCGAAAUGACGAGAUGUCCUUUGCACGUCCAAGAUGUCAUUGCAGAUCCCCCCUGGAUAAUUCCAAUCAAACCUGCGCGUGCUGGCGUGCGCAUUCUAUGUCUUGAUGGGGGUGGUGUACGAAGUAUCGUUGAAUUGCAGGUGCUCAAGGCUAUCAAGAAAGUCCUCGGUCCGAAAUUACCCCUGCAGUUGUUUUUUGACCUCAUUGUAGGCAACGGCACCGGUGGCACCAUCGCACUUGGUUUAGGUGUAAAGAACUGGUCGGUCGAGGAGUGUAUCAAGCGAUUCAAAGAGCUCUCAUCGGAUGCCUUCUCUCCGCGCGAGCUGACGGGUGUUCCUUUUUUCGAGAAUCUUGCUACAUUCUAUCACGGAAGCAUCUAUAAGACAAAACCGUUUGAGAGGGGCUUGAAGAUGGUUUUUCAGGACCAGCCCCUUUUCGGAGGAGCAACCUCCCAGCGCGAGAUGCCCACCAAGGUCGCAGUUGCGGGAACAACAGCCUUGGAUCAGAAAUCUGUUAUCUUCGCGAAUUAUAACCGCCAAGAUCGGGCAGAAGGAGGCCUUCCGUACCAGUUUUCUCGCUCGAGUGCGCCCGAAGAUGGCAUGAAGAUAUGGGAGGCUGCAAGAGCAACAUCGGCUCAACCGCCCCUUUUCAAGCCUUUCCAGAAGAUGGAAACCAAGACAUUCUACACCGGUGGCUCAGCAAGCUACAACUGUCCGGCCCUGUUGGCAGACUAUGAGUCCAGCUUGAUAUGGAGUGACAUGGCGGACUGUCCCGCAGACAUCCUUCUGUCAAUCGGAUCUGGGAAGAACGUCAAAGAUUUGAAUACUCCAGCCCAACUAUCUCCUAUCAACACGGGGGUUACCAAUCUGCCACGAAGGACGUCUAUUAACACUUCAAGGCCACUACGCGCAGCCGCGACUGUAAGUAAACUCGACGACUACUCGAGUAACGACAAGAUAUGGGAUCGGUUCAUCCGCUCUAAGUCUUUACCCAAAUCGUUCUGCUCCACAGAAGAGAUUCGGCAACGAUAUGUGCGGAUCAACCCAGCCCUGAAUAUGAAAAUCCCGAAGCUUGAUCAGGCACGAAAAGUGUAUGAACUGGAGCGCGAGGCCCGAGAAGCCCUUCUGUCGAACUCGGACGCUGUCAAGGAGGCAGCGCACAGGCUGAUAGCCAGCACAUUUUUCUUUGAGAAGAAUGCAGGCUCUGUCAAGCAGACGGCGCUUUAUGGGUUCCGAGCUUCGUCUGACGAAAUGAGGUCGCUUGGGGAGUUCUUACGAGCAGCAUUCAAGGGCGAGUUCGAGCCUUACUUCCUCCUGGAAGAAGAGGUGCCUCGCUCGGCUCCGAUCAGAAUUCCACUUAAUGAGACUGCCGUGCACGAGAUGUGCUACCGGGGCUCUUUUGAAAUGGAGCCCUUCAUGGUUCAGACACAGCGGGAGCUCGCCACGACGAGGAUCUCUCUCUGCCUGCAGAAUGAGCCGUACCCAUCGGGCGUCACCGUGCUGCCCAUCAGCGGCUUUCCGCGGCAGCUGAUCAGCGAGGACAACGCCGGUCGCAAAGUGCCGCCAGCCUAUACGCGCCCGGCGGCCGUCAGCCGAACGCCCAGUGAGGAGGUGGCCAAGGCAACGGCGUCGUCGCCCCAGGUCGCGCUGAGCCCCGUCAGCCCGCUCGACACGGCCGUCAAGACGCUCGCGCUCGACGAGGCCGCCGCCACCUACGAGACGGGCGGCAACUACCAGAUCACGGCCGCCGAGCUGUCGCCCGAUACCGCGUACAUGCGGGCCGAGCUGCCCGCCGACACCAACGAGAUCCCCCGGACGGUGAUCCACGAGCUGGAUGCGGGGCCGGCGUCCACCAUACACCCGGCGCUCCGGUGA